AUGUACCUUGUCAUGGCCAAGAGCAAGGUCCGCAGUGGCACGUGCUCAUCGGCGACGGUGCUGCUUCCACUUCCGCCGGGGCCAUGGCCGUGGCCAGUGGUGGGUAGCCUGCCCGAGCUAGUGCUCAGCAAGCCGGCGUUCCGUUGGAUCCAUCGCGUGAUGAAGGAUAUGGGCACCGACAUCGCUUGCUUCCGCCUUGGCAGCGUCCACGUCGUCCCGAUCACAUGUCCCAAGAUCGCAAGGGAGGUGCUCAAGAAGCAGGACAAAAACUUCUCGUCCCGUCCACUCACCUUCGCCUCCGGCACCAUCAGCUCCGGCUACAAGGACGCCGUGCUCUCCUUCGCGUUCUGCGUCAGCGACUACCUCCCGUGUCUACUUGGCCUGGACCUCGACGGCCACGAGAAAAUUAUUAAGGAGGCCAACACAAAAGUGGAUAGACUGCACAACGUGGUCAUCGAAGAGCGUUGGAGGCAGUGGAACAGCGGCGAGAGGCAGGACGGGGUCCAGGACUUCCUUGACGUUCUCAUCACGCUCGCCAACGGUGAUGGCAAGCCGUUGCUCAGCAUCGAUGAGGUCAAAGCACAGUCCAAGGGCAUAAUAUUAGCGGCCAUAGAUAACCCGUCAAACGCAGUGGAGUGGGCGCUGGCGGAGAUGGUGAACAACCCAGAACUGCUGGCCAAGGCGGUGGAGGAGAUGGACCGGGUGGUCGGUCGCGAGCGACUGGUGCAAGAGUCGGACAUCAUGCAUCUCAACUAUCUCAAGGCGUGCAUACGUGAGGCAUUUCGCCUCCACCCAAUCGCUCCCUUCAACCUGCCGCACGUCGCGAUUGCCGACACCAUUGUUGCGGGCUACCGUGUGCCCAAGGGUAGCCACGUCAUCCUCAGCCGGCUGGCCCUGGGCCGGAACCCCGCCGUCUGGGAUGAACCGCUCCACUUCAAGCCAGAGCGCCAUAUGGGAGACAACAUCAAUGUGGUGCUUACCGAGAGCGAAUUGCGGUUCAUCUCCUUCAGCACCGGACGGCGGGGAUGCAUCGCGGCAUCACUAGGAACAACCAUGAGUGUCAUGCUCUUCGGCAGGCUCUUGCAUGGCUUCACCUGGACCAAACCGGCUGGGGUGUCGGCCAUCAAUCUCAGCGAAUCGAAGCACGACCUCUUCAAAGAGAAACCGCUAGUGCUACAUGCUGAGCCACGUCUUGCAGUGCACCUCUACCCUCUCAUUAUGCAUCGUUGA